AUGGAGCGGCAAACAAGGCCUGAACCAAGCGAAAAGGCAGUCUCGAAUAUGUUGGAGCCAUGGGCUAGUGGGGAGGCCUGUCGCCAUACACCCCAGCGCCUACCGCAGCCUUGCUGCAACCUAGUCCAGGGCAUCAUAGCAGUGCAAGCACUGGCCCUACUAGACAGCAUCCAUUUCGCGCUCUGGAUGUACAGCAAUGCAAGCGAGCGGGUAUAUCUAGGCAGUUCCAUUCACCUGUUGCUCCAUCUCCUCCUGCUGUUGAGGCUGUCUGGUUCACAGCCAAAACCAGACAGGGCCAGCACGCUGUACCUGAUGAUGGCCACGGCCGGACUCUGCCGGUUGACACUCAAUGGCGUGGCCCUUGGGUUGGCGCUGCUCCAGUGCCGGAGUCCUGCAUCACAACAGGCGCGGAAUGGCAGCUGUCUCUUGCUGGGCAAGCCUGCUUUUGACAGUCUCGCGAUAAUGCUGGCGACGGCUCUCAAGUAUUCCGUUUCCGGGUGGCAGAUUGCGAGCUGGUAUGCAUGCUUCCGAUGCGCGAGACGCGAGGCCGGGGUGCGGGACGCGGCGCGGGAUACCGUUCGUGUGACGGAGUGA